AUGAAGAGGGGGAUCUAUGGAAAGUUUUUUUGCAAAGAUUGGGAUUAUUUGGCUCAUUCGAAAAUAGAGGUUAAGUAUUAUGCUAACUUGCAGAAGUUUAUUGAUGUUUGGAGCACGGAUCAUAAGAAGGUUGUUGAGUAUUGCCUGAAUACAUGGUUGAAUCCUUGGAAGGAGAAGUUUGUUUAUGCAUGGACCAAUAGAUACAAGCACUUCAAAAAUGAGUCUACAAGUAUUGUAGAGCAGUCUCACGGGCUUUUGGAAAAAAAAUUGGAUCAAAAUAGGGGUGGGGUAGUUACGGUACAAGAAGCUAUUCACGAGCACGCAGAGGAUGACCUAAGGAAAAUAGUGAAGCAUAUGGAGAAAAGUAAAGACCGUUUUUUGAUGCAACACAUAAGGGACAAAGCUUUGUUACGGUUGGUAGCACACCAAGUAUCAUGGUGGGCAAUUAACUAUAUGAUGGAUGAGAUUAUACAUUUUAGAGUUAAAGCAGAGGCCGGAGAGGUGAUGAAGACGAAGUGUAAUUGUACAACCGAUAUUUGGCUCGGCCUCCCUUGUAAACAUAAACUUGGUGGGUACAAAGAUUACAUUCCUCUUGAAGAUAUCGAUCCAUUCUGGCAGCAACUUUCAUUCAUCCCAAAGCCCACGAGUUUAGCCGAUGAAGAAUUUGGAGACUUGGAGAUUGGCAAGUACAUCAACGAAAAAUACCGAAAAAUGAAUUGUGCAGGAAGACACAUUUUGGUUGCUAACUUGUGGCAUGCCGCCCGUAAGAUCUUGGGGUUUGAAGAAGAUCCAAUCAAACAAAAACCACCCGGAAGACCAACAACUAAAAUGUCAUUUAAAUAA